UGAAUGCAUCCAAACUUGGUGAGUUCGAUUUCUCCCAAGUUUAGUUUGUGUCGUAACAGCCUCUUUUCCUUCAUUUGUUUGUGGUUUUCCUUCUAAGUGGCGUCUACGCCAAUAUUGGAUUUGCAUUUAGAGUAAUACAAGUGAGCGAACUCUGAGUCAACAACGAUGACGUCUCAGCGGUAAUUUCCUCUAUUUCACAUGUGGCUGUGCAACUUCGAUGCGGCGCUAUAACAUGUAGCUCGUCAUUCGUCGACUUGUUGCACACAAAUGAGCCGAGAUAAGCGUUCGACAAUGCCUACCGAGUCCCCUCACUUCUCCCCGGUGACUGAACUUGUCUCCGGGCAGCGCUGGUGGCGUGUGGCCGCCCUCGCGGUGCUGUUGCUGGGCGUUGUAGCCUCGACGGGCUGGGCGGAGGAAGCAUCUUGCCAUGGAGCCUAUGACCUCUACUUUGUCCUGGACAAGUCAGGAAGUGUUGCCACUGACUGGUUUGAGAUCUACUCCUUUGUUAGGAAUCUUACAGACAGAUUUGUCAGUCCCAGAAUGAGAGUGUCCUUCAUUGUUUUCUCGGCUCAAGCUCAAGUCCUCCUCCCGCUGACAGGGGAUCGGUACGAGAUUGAACAAGGCCUAAAGAAACUGCGGGCUGUCUCUCCAGCUGGUGAGACGUACAUGCAUGAGGGUCUGAAAGAAGCUACGGAACAGAUCCAGAAGCAGGCCACAAAGUCGUCCAGCAUCAUCUUGGCGCUGACAGACGGCAUGCUGGAUGUGUAUGUUCACGAACUCACCAUCAAGCAGGCGGAGGAAGCAAGGAAGUAUGGCGCUCGUGUCUAUUGUGUAGGGAUCAAAGACUUUGAUGAGCAGCAGCUCGUUGACAUCGCCGACAACAAGGACCAGGUGUUUCCUGUCAAAGAUGGCUUCCAUGCUCUAAAAGGCAUCAUUAACUCUAUAUUGAAGAGAUCCUGCACAGAGAUCCUGAGCGUGGAGCCUUCCAGUGUUUGUGUCAACGAGUCAUUUGACAUCGUGCUGCGAGGAAAUGGCUUCGCGUUGGGCCGCAGCAGUGAGGGCGUUGUAUGCAGCUUCAUCGUGGACCAGCAAACUUUCAAUCAUAAGCCAAGCGCCGUGCGUAAUGACUACCUGCUCUGUCCUGCGCCCAAGCUCUACGAGGUGGGACAGACCAUGGACGUAUUGAUCAGCCUGAACAACGGCAAGUCGUUCAUCUCCGCAGCAUAUACUAUCACUGCCUCCACUUGUUCCAGUGGUCUGGUGGUGGCCAUCGUGUUCCUGGUGCUUCUGGCUCUUGUGGCUUUGGCCCUAAUGUGGUGGUUCUGGCCUCUCUGCUGCACUCUGGUCAUCAAAGACCCUCCACCACCGCCACCCCCGACAAGACCGCCACCACCUGAACCUGAAGUGGCCGGCAAGAAAAAGUGGCCAACCGUGGAUGCGUCCUAUUAUGGAGGGAGAGGAGCUGGAGGAAUCAAACGCAUGGAGGUGCGCUGGGGUGAAAAAGGUUCCACUGAAGAAGGCGCCCGUCUGGAAAAGGCCAAGAAUGCGGUGGUGUCCAUGCCUGAGGAAGCUGAGGAGCCCAUGGUAAAGCGUCCAACUACCAAGCCUGCUGCUUCCCCCUACCACCGUAGGGACAACAAGUGGUACACACCAAUCAAGGGUCGUCUGGACGCUUUGUGGGCUUUGAUGCGACGGCAGUACGAUCGAGUGUCCCUCAUGCGGCCCACCUCUGGUGAUAAGGCAAAAAACAGUCUUUCAAGGGAAGAAAUGUCCGAGUGGUCAAUGAUCAUCGCGUGUUUGGCCAAGACUCAGGCUGCCAUUUCCCAGCAGGCCAGAUGGCAGCGCUGUGUGGGCAGUGUGGUGUGUCUCUGUAAGAGGGGCUUGCAUCAAGAUGGCCAGCAGUCUUGUGGACGAGGGAGGAUUGCUCACACACUCUGUCCUUUGCAGCUGUAGUGUUUGUACCUUCAAAUAAUACUUUUGAUAACCAUGAACGAUCCCAAAUUGGCCACGUCAACAAAAUGGUUGAAUUCUAUUGCAGACAUGGCCUCUUGAGAUUGAUUUAUGUGGGCGUCCCCAUGAUUGACAAAUCUACCAAAUUUCAUUGUUUUAAGUAGGGAUGUCCCCAAUCCGUUCACGUGAUCAUAAAUCGGGCCAGUUUUUAGAGGAUCAGAAUUGGGUGAAAAGGAUCGGGUUUUGCAUUAAUUAAAACGUAUUGUGCUAGCUACAGAUGUAUCGGCCAUCAGCCGAUUAACAAACAAAAAUAAAUAAGCUGAUGAAAAAAUAAUUUCAAUCAGGCAUCUGUGUGGUCGACUGUGGCCGCCGCUGACUGACAUUAGGACCUCAUAAGGACCCCGCAGCAGCUUGAAGGCAGGCUGCUACAGGAAGCUUCAGGCUUGCCUGUUUUGUAAAUACUGCAAGAUUUUUUUUUAUCUUGCAUGAGGAAAUAUUUGGCUUUACGUUGCUUUAGCCUUUUAAUAUGUUUACCGAGUGAUCCUUUCACUCUAAAUAUAACUUGUAGCAUUAGCGUAGCGUUCACAAUAGCUUUAGCAUGGCAACUAAUUCUUUGCAUCCAUCGUGUGACGCAGUUUGGAACAAAGGCGCAUUCACUUCCACAAUACACAGCCUGUUGGACCCAUUGACAUUGUUGAGUGCUUUCUGUUAUGUUUCCACCUCGGAAACUAUGUCCGUCAAUAUUUUACAUCUAUACCAACCUGUUAAUAUAAAAUAUAUGUGUGCUUAUGGGGAAAACCUACGGUGGUAUGAAAAAUUAUCUGAACCUUUUGGAAUUUCUCACAUUUCUGCAUAAAAUCACCAUCAAAUGUGAUCUGAUCUUUGUGAAAA